UUACGGUCAUAUUACGGCAGGGCAGUAGUGCUCUUUGCUCUGCUGUCAGCGUCGGGACACAGUGAGGGGGCUGCACUGCUCUCUGAGGAGGAGACACCCAGCCAUGUGCUCGGGGGGUUAGAAACUCUUCUGGAUCCUCCACAGCCUGACAAAUCCAUCUAGCCUGCCUAAAAGGCAAGUGUAUGUGAAAGGUUUACCAAGAACUUGUCACCAGAACAAAUAAAUUUGAGCACCCUGCGAGGUGAGGGACAUUUGACAGACUUGCAACUAGAUGAAGAGGCACUACAGAACAUGCUUGAUUUGCCAACAUGGCUUGCUGUUACACGUGUCUACUGUAAUCGUGCUGCUAUUCGGAUACAAUGGACAAAGCUGAAAACACAUCCAAUUUGUUUGACGCUUGACAAAGUUGAAAUUGAAAUGAAAACAUGUGAAGAUCCUCGACCGCCCAAUGGUCCUUCCCCUAUAGCACUUGCUGCGGGUCAAAGUGAAUAUGGGUUUGCAGAGAAGGUGAUAGAGGGCAUGUUCUUAGAGAUUGGCUGUGUGAUUAUCAAGAUCGAGUCACAGGCAUUUCAUGCAUCUCUACAGCUGUGGCAGCUGCAAGGCUACAGUGUUAGUCCAACGUGGCAGCAGAGUGAUUUACAAUUCACCCGCCUUACCCAUCCACAGAGAAGAGAGGUUCUCACUUUUAAGCAAGUAACUUGGCAGACCUUGCGCAUUGAAGCUGAUGCCUCUGAUUGUUGUGAUGAUGCCCCAAGCACUCCUUUACGUCUACUUACCAAUGGUGGAAGAUUGAAUGUUGCACUUAAAAGAAGGACUAAAGAUUGUAUGGUCCUGUCUUCAAAGCUGACAUUCGUCUUAGAUGAGCUGCUUUGGGUUCUGACAGACACUCAGCUGCAGUCAUUGCUUUCAUACACAAAAUCCCUAAGUGAAGCUGUCCAAAAAUCGGUGAGGCAAAAAGAACAGAUAAGUGUGGGGCAGGUCCCAUCCCCCAGUACCACUCCACAGUGGUCAUAUUCCUCUCCCAGUUCCAGCUCUUCUAGUCUAGGACGGUACUUUGACAGAUUUGAUGUGCUGGAAACCUCUUAUCAUCUACUCAUCUCACGGCUAGAAAUACAUGUGUGUGAUGACAGCCAAAAAAGGGGUACAGUAUCCGGAGGAUCCAUACAAAUGACCUUCCGCAGAAUCAUGUUGGACUAUUAUCCUACCCACAAAACAGGGCAGAGCUGUGCCCAUUGGAAUCGUUAUUCUCCUGCAAUGAGCACUUGUGAACAGUGGACUCAAGAUCUUGCAGAAGAAAGACAAGCUAAGGAAGAAAUUAAUAUCAGUAUGUUUGGAAAAAUACCUUCAUCUAAAAAUGAGCAGGGCAGGACAAGAGAACCAUCUCUCUGCUUUCGAUCAGUACUCAUUAGGAUUGAUGAUAUGCAUAUUCAUCAGGUGUCUUCAUCUGGACACGCCCUCCAAAGACCACCUCUUCUUUCAUGCCAUCAAAUACCAAUUGCUUCUUCUGCUAUCCAUCUUCAAUACAUGGAGUAUUACUGCCUUCCAGGAGAGGGUCUUCCAGUGCCUCCACCUGCUCUAUACAUACAACUCCAUGGUAUGCUUCUAUACCUUGCUACCCAGUCCAUUUUGUGGCUGAAUUUAUUUUUGCUAGAUUUGUUUCAUCACCUAAAGCAUUUAACAAAUGUGUGUACAUUAGUGAAUGAAGGUGCAAUCGAGACUAGAGACAUCCGCUUAGAUGGAUUCAAUCUUAAGCUUAUCUUCCCUGUGACAGUUCCUACCUACAGUCCCCCUGAUCGACCAUCUUCUGUUUGUGCUCAUCUUUCUUCAGUUACCCUCACAAACACACGCCAGGCUCCAGGUUCUAACCUUGGUCUUCUACAAAGCAUAUUUCGAUCCUUUGCAGCACACAAAGAUUUUCAUUGCCCUCCAGGACCUCUACAUCCAGUAUUUCUUUCCCAUUUGUAUCCUUCUUCUGAAUCUCCACCAACAUCUCUGUGGACUCUACACAGCCCUGGCUUGUCUAUUUAUUUUGAAGGAGGGAGUUAUAAACGUGAGAUACUAUUACAUCAUAUGCCAUUUACAGCAUUGGCCUGUCUUUUAAUUCCUGAACUCGAGUUGCAAGUAAUGAUCAAUGUAGACGAUAUAAUACGGCUGCAACUGAAUCACUACCACUAUCUCACCUUGCUACGUUUCCAAGAGCAGCUGCAACUUUUACUAGAAGGCUUAAAGCAUACAGCAAAUUCACGGCCAGUUUUUUUAAAGCAGAUGUCUUCUUCCUACCAUAUGAAAAUCUGUGUUGGCAUGCAAAUCCCCAUUGUCACUAUUUCUCUUUUACUUCCGGGCUCAAUCUCCUCCCUGGGACUGGAGGACUCUGAAAGGAGCAGUCUUGUAGGGUCUGAACUGGCAGAAGGGGACAUAACUUGUGGAAAAAAGACAAAUAAGACACACGUGACAAAUAAAUGUGAAAUUGUAGAUUCAUUUUUUUGCCCUGAACAAGGAGAAGCUCCUCAGGAGGUAUUGGAUGUGCAGAAAGGAGAAACUUCUCAGCUCUGUCGCCAGAAUAAUAAAGAAGAAACAGAUGAUCUGACAAAAGGCGGUCUGCCGGAGAAGGUUCUAGCUAAUGAUGCUGUUUUAACAAAGGAAGUUUCUGUAGACCCUUCACUGUGGAAGGAGUUUUCACAUAACACAUUGCUUAGCACUCUGGGUCUGAACCGUGAGACUUUUAGCCUGGGAAAGGAAAGAAUGCAUCGCUUUCUAAGUGACACAAAACAUAAAGAUGAUGUUCUACACAAUCGGACAAGUUCACAUCUUUCUCAUACGCAGUCAUUGGAUACUGUUUCUAUAGAUGGUCUGGAUUUGUUGUCUUUGGACAGUGAAACUACUGAGAAUUUCAUUUUGAAAUUGGAUGCAGAAAUGACUCUCAAUGGAGAAAAAGUUUUAACAGAACAAGAUGACACCUCGCAAAGUACAGAGGGCCCUGAACCACAGCAGAUUAUUACAGUGGCUCUUCAUAAUGUCUCCUCCGUCUCACAUGUUUUUGGAGAGGACUUGACAGUUACUGUCAAAGCUUUAGACAUCAGCUGUUCUCAAAAAGUGGAAGAUUUGAAAGGUCUUUUAACAAGUACUCCCACCACAGCAUCUCCACGUAUGAUCUUGAACUUUGAUAUUGGUCCUACUGCAGCUUCUCUCUCUCCACUUGCUGUACAUAAUGGAUUUUUACAAUUACAUAUUCAAGAUUUUAGCUUGGAGAUUCCUAUAUCUGCUCUAACACAUAUAGGACCUUUUCUAGAGGAUGAACAGAUUCCCAAAACACUGCCAAUGAUUAUUCAAGUUACCAACAGCAAGCUGAUAUUGAGAGAUGAUGUUCAACGGAUGUAUCAGUCUCCAGUUGUUCCCGAACCAAUUGCUUUUUUAGUGGAAAACCUCAAAGUUCAGAGGCAAGAAGAUGGAGUUUUCUGGCUCACUGGACAAGAAUCUUUUAGUCUGUUUAAAAAAAAUACUUCUCAAGAACUGCCGGACAGCAAAGAGGCGCUCAAGAGAGAACUGUUGGCUGCACUUUCAAAACUUGAACAACAGCAAAAACAAGAGCAGCGUCUCUUAGAGGAAAUCAGAAAAUACAACCCCCAAUUCCAUCUGUGAUUGCUCAGUUUCUUAAUGCCUUUAUAGUACCAUUCUACACUAUAAUGUCCUAUGAAAACAUUUUACACUCACCAGAAUAUUUGAGCAGCAAAAAGUGUCUAUUAGACCUUAUGCACAUGACUAUGUAUUUUGCUGUCUGCAAAUUGUAGAUCCACAAAAUACCGAUACUGUCUGUAUUGCAUCCACAUUUUUGUGGACCCAUUGACAAUAGAUCUGCCGUACACAUUUUGCAGCCAAGUAUAGAGCAUGUUGUAUCUCUUUGCGCAACAGACACAUGGAAGAGGAAAGUGCACAGAUCAUCCAUGUGCUUUCCACAUCCGUUUGUCUGUUCCACAAAAAGUUGGAAUAUGUCCACAAAAUGCAGACCAUGCACCUAUUGAAGUCAAUGGGUCUGAAAAAUGUGUAAUGGGUCUGUAAUAAUAUUUUGCCAUGUAAACUGAAAACAGGAGCAUUGUUUUUCUCUGGACAUCACUUUUUUUGUUCACUUAUCUAAAGACUGGCAACCUAUAAACAUAUAGUGGUAUUAGCCGCUAAAUUGUUGCAAUAUGAUAAACAUCAAAAUGUUUACAAAGCGAUUCUCUUUAAACUUGUGUUUGAAAAAAUAUACAUAUAGUUUACUGUUAGUUUUCAUACAAAUGCAUUUGUAAUUGAAAUUGUGGCAGUAACAUUUCCUAUGAAUUUAAUGCAGGUUGCAGUACGUAUAUAUACUUAUAAUUAAAGAUGAGCAAAGUUUUCAAAAAUUUGAUUUGAACGCUUCGUUGAAUACUUCCAAAAAAUUUGCUUUGUUCCGAAUUAAUUAAUCAAGUAAGCUCAUUAAAUUAGCUAUAUCUCGGCCUGCAUGGAGAGUGUAUCUUGGUGUGCAUCACUCUGCAUUUCAGCAACAUGCAUAGCUAGUCAUCUUGUAGUGAAACAGUUACUGUGCAUCAGUAUGACAGGCAGGUCACAUACAGUAUAUGGAUGAGCGCAUCGGCAAGUGUCACUAUUAGGCUGAGUUCAGACUUCACUUUUUUGGUCAGUUACAGGUCCAAAACAAAGAACAGGGGCAGAUCUUUUCAUGAUAUGUUAUCUGCCAGUAGGAUUGGCUCCUGAUUUAGCCUUUAGACUGUAUGUAAGUGCUGGAAUUAACUGACCAAAUAACUGAAGUGUGAACUCAGCCUUACAGGUCAAUGUUUGCAUCAGUUUUGAAGUACUUAACCAUGUUUGCCCAAGACUCUACUGUAGAGUGAAAGAGCAGUCUCAUUUUACACCGUCUGCUGUUUCCACAUAGAUUGCUAGUUAAACUGUUAGCCACUGAUUCUACUAAAUUGUGACAGAGCCUGGCCAUGGAACAGCUGAGAAGCCAAUUGUCCCAUUACUUUUGUUCCCUUAACAAGUGGGAAGCACAUAUGCAAACUGUUGUUAUUCCUAUACUG